CAGAUCAAAACUUUUUUGAUUUUCAUUAAAAAUGGCGAAAAAGAAAAUUUUGAAUUUGAAGAAAAAACUUCAAGGGAAAAAAAAUUCGACAAACGUUUUUACGAUCAGCAAAAAAAGUAAUCGGACGAAAGUUACCGGAAAGAAUGUGACGACUAAUUUAAGGAAAAACAUUCAAAAAGUUAACAUUGAAAAAAUUGACGCAAAUUUUCAGUCGGUUAAAGAAAUUGUAAUUCAAGACAAAAAGAAAAAAACAAAAGAAGAAAAAAUAAAAUUGAAUAAAAAUAAUAAAAACAAACAUUUGAACAAGUCUACUUUGGAUGAAACGGAAAGUUUGUUUAAAAUGUUGUGAUUGUUUUAUGUUGCUGAAUUUGUAGCGGAGGGACGUUGCUUUAAAUAAUUAGUUUCGAUGUAAAUCUUAAUUAUUAAAUUUUAUUGCGAAAAAUUGUGUUUACUGCGAUAAUUUGUUAAAACUUUGUCUUGGCAACCAUUAAAGAAUUUCACCACCUCUGUUAUAUGAUGAUCACGAAAGGCAUUAAUUUUUUGUCUUUUCUCGCUGUGCUGUUCAAGAGAAUUGUUUAAUUGUAAAUUUACUUCAUUUUAACAAAAUUUUCAAUUUUUAAGCCAAAAACUUUCUUUUCACUUUCAUGAUUUUAAAACACAUUUAAUAAUUUCUCUUCAUUUGUUUGUCACCAUAGUUACUUCGUUCUACGGCACAGGUAAAGAAUUAUUUCCAUAUUUGGACGUUAGUUCCACAUGAGCGAGCAUGAAGAAACGCUCGACGACGACAAGCAAACGAAAUAUUCAACAACAAACAUUCAACCCCUUUAUUAGCUGUAGCCGACUUCGUAACAUUCAAUCGAUUCUCACCGAUGGCCCGGAGGAUACAAUCGUUGCCGUGCUUGGUAUCGAUGGCAGAUAUAACGAAGGAUGCCGUGAACUCGCAAAUUAUUUAUUAUUUGAUUUCUAUGAUCUGAGAAUCAACCAACUGGAACAGGAGGGAAUACCAGACGAGGAUUUGGACGACUUGAUAAUUGUGAUUCGACGAUCCAGUGUUGCCGUAUAUUGUAGCUCGACGCUGCACAACCAUAUUCUACCUUACAUCGCCCAUUGGAAGAAUCUACAAAUAUAUUCCCCACCCAAUGAAGAUGGGGAACACCAGGAUGAGUCAGAUUUGGAGGAAUUUAAAAUCCGAAGUUUUAUUUCUAUGUUGGAGUCGUCGCGGUUGGUUGGGUUUCCUUAUUAUUCAACAAGAAACACCUCUAUGACAUCACAGUUCAAUAAAUUUGAGAUUGAGAAAUGGCCGAUUAUUCAAGCGUUCGCAUUGGAGAAUGUAGGGGGGGGUGGAUUCUUCACAUUAAAACACGAAGUAAGCAACGUACACGAUCGCCUCACCCCCGUCUACAUGGGGUUGGACCCCUCCUCGUUAGAACGGAUAAUUGUUCGCUCGUUACCGUUGUUUGAGAGCCACUGGAUGGAGUGCAUGAGCAACGUGGUUGUCCAUGGCAACGGGGAUUCCCCAUCGCUGAUCAACUAUGAUGUCACAGAGGAUUUCGUUAUCGAGCCGAUGAAAAGCUAUUUUCGUCACGGCCGACUCUCAGCCAAUCAGAAUCGAGAUGUUGAUAAUAUUGACCAAUCAGAACCCUUGGUUUGCUUCGGGACACGCACCAGCGAUCGUGGUCGUGCUUCAUUGAUCGCAACGAUCAAGAGUUCCGGAAUCAACGGACCUGCAUUGCAUAUGGUGAUGCACUUCCACGCCCCAAAGUCCCCGAUAAGUUGCGCUCGUACUUACAUGGUGCGCCCACUGGUGGAGGAAGGACAAGCAAGAUUGAGGGACUUUAACCUCCUUGUUGGUUUAUAUGAUGUUUGUGUGCGUGUCGGUCACGCUCUCAUGACCGAGGCAUCGACCAAUCACACGCUAGCAAACUCCGAUCGUAUCGUUCGUGAUAUCGUGGGUAAACUUCCACCAGGAGGCGAUGUUAAGCAUAAGGUGGUUGCCGUCGACAACAAGGGAAGACAAAUUAACUUCAAGUCAAGCGGUUGUCUGUUGAAAGUUUGCGUCGAAAUUCAUGGAAUCCGAAGUCUCGACGGUGGGCAUGAGGUGUUGGGGAGCCUCGUGUAUUCAGAUACUUUUGUGUGCUCCAAUAUCUCAACACUAGGAGGCAGUGAUCCACAAAGCAACUCGAAACUUGUCCUAACAUCGGGGAUUCCCCUGUACCAGGAAUGGCAGGGCAAAAGUGAAGAAGUGGAAACAAAGGAAUUGGUUGUUCGAUGUAACAAUGGUGUUCUGUGUUCAAACAAUGCCCUCUGUGAUGUCACAAGUGAAGCUUCAUUAGAUUUCUAUAUUGAUGGCUCCGUCCUCGUAACCCCCCGUCACGCUCCACGAUUCCUGAUCAACCGUGACGAUAUCUCGUCAUACGAGUUUGUCGAUAACGAACCAAUCAGCUUCAGCGUUCGGUUCAACAAGACUUCUGAUUGGCUGUUACCCUCGUUCCUCUCGACCAAUCAGAACCCUCGAUUCACCGUCGUAUUCGCCCCCCAUUCACCAGGGGCAAAAAACUUCAAAAACAAAGUUGUCCCUGUGUUGAAAUCAUUGGAUUGUGACUCGGUGAAAUUUAAGAAGCUGAGUCAUCAUGAUGACAUCACAAAGCAGUUGAUUGUUGCCCUGAAUGCUGAUUAUGAUUGGCAAUGUGGGACGAGUUACCACGGAAAGGGGGGCAAGUUGGGACAAGCGGGGAAAUCGAUACAACCACAACUUACGAAUUUCAUGAACCACUUCGGGGUAAGUUCAUCACUAGGUGGGGUUGGUGUGCCCUCUUCAGAAAUCCCCAUGUUGCUGGAAGUACCCACGGGGGAAUCCCCGGGUGUUGGGAACAGUCCCAAGAAGGAUGAAAAGGUCGUGAUCACGGUGGUGACGGGGAUCCCGGGGUCGCACGCCGACAAACUCGGGGCAUCAAUAGUUGCGUUACAUCGUGAGAGGGUGAGGUGGGUGACGAUACGAACGCAGUGUUGUCGGGGUGACGCCACUCUGCUCAACGUCGAGCAUCUGCAACGACGAUUGGUGGAGGUUGUUGCGAAGCGACGGGCGUCACGACCUGGUGCCGCAGCUCUUAAGAGACUCCGUGUGGUCGUGGAGUCCAUCGGUUACAUUCCGAUAUCGAGCGUUGUGUCGUGCAUCGUCGAUCACCCCGAUCCCUCCACUAGAGGGACGAUGAUGUUGGGAGCAUGCACCUCGUGUGUUGACCCCAUGACCUGUUUCGUUGACCACGGGGUCAUGACCCCUAACCUCCUCGAACAAGCAACAUCAGGGACUAUUUGCUGUGUCGCCUUCACAGGUCACCAUGACGAUCUUAAGGACAAGAACCUCGCUGAAGCGCAAUCGCUCAUGCGUGCAGUCAACCCUGACGCUGCGUUCCUAUUGGCCGCCGGGGGUAAGAUGACUCGCACCAGUGACUUCGACCUCGUGCUGAGCGAGAACUCGUUCAACUGCGACGAUUCGAAACGAACGAGGGUAUUGUUGCGACCGGGGAGAUCCCCUGACGUUACCCCCACCCCCCUAAACGAGGUGACCCUCCACUUCUCCCCCCCACUUUUAAGGGGCUCCUUCUCGGCUCGUUUACGAUCGUUAGGUCAUGUGACCGGGGUCGGUGAUGUCAUCGCUCUUACUGGAGUCGUAGCUUUCACAGACACCCCCGACGAGGACAAUGACGUGACGUUUGUUACGAAAACAUCAACAUUGGAACUUGAACCCCGUGUUCAACCAACCAUGAAAACCCCGGCCCCACCCCCUAGUAAAACUACCCCCGAUAAUAGGAAAUAUCAUUUAAAGUUUUACGGGAAGAAUUUGAUCGAGGAGAAACUGAAGUGUUGGUUACGCAUGAGCGGGCAGCAGAAACCGAGUCGAAAAUGUCGGAAAACGAGAUCAAAUAUUUCAAAGGCCGAGAUUAAGAUGAUUCAGGCCACCCACGAAACCGACCCCCUACCCGACGGAAUAUAUUUCAACGGGACUCAUUACUCAAGUUUGUUGGACAACCACAAGUCGUAUCAACACCCAUGUUUGGAGGAAUUUAUCUCCGAAUAUUUAAAGCAAGAAAAUCAGAAAAUUGAUUCUUUUAACAAGAAAAUAGAAAAUCGGGAAUAUAAGGACUUGUUUGAGUGAUUUAAUCACCUCUACGACCCCUACGACCUUUCGUGUUGAUCCUGUGACCUUACGUUGACCCCUACGACUGUGACCCUACAACCCACUGUGGUCCCACUUCCACCAUUAAUGGUCCCACAUACCCACUGUACAUUGAACAACUUUGUAAUUAGUUUAGUUUUUUAGUUGAGUUACAAUUUAUAUUUUUCUACAAAUUUAAGCUGGCUUUUAUAUUUGUGUUAAAGUUGAUUUUUCUAAAUAAACAAAUAAUUUUUAUGUUUA